CAUUCAUUCAGUCACGGAUGUAUCACAUACAGCAGGCCAACAUACAGUCAGACUGUGAUAAUUGACUUAAUCACCGGUCGGCUAACAAAGCCUGACGCAAUGUCCUGCCUCAUCACUCUAAUUACUGGUCUUACAAGACACGUUUCUUCACUACACAAAUACCGCGCAAAAUAUUACCUUUGUCACAAUUAAACACAGCAUAACCUGUAGCCUAACGAUGCUACUUAUGAUUUGUGUAAUAUUUACAUUCUUUUCGCCAUAUUACCGAUGCCUUUCAACUCUCGUGCAGCAGAAAACCGCUCAAACUAGAGCACAAGAUGCCCUGCCUCGAGUUACCUGCACCGUCCGACGAAUACGCGCAGUUUUCGGUCAAGCGGUUCUUCACAACUUGCGUGUGAAAGACAGGUCUGGAGUCAGUGUGCCUGUGCCAAAAGCCAAAGAACAUUGUGGCGUGAGAAGGGGAGAGAAGAAUGGUACUCUUUCUUUCCAGAGUCGAUAUGACAGUUGCUAUACACAGGUUGAGGGUGACACAGUGGUUGUAUCUUUGAGAGUCCAGCUGGAUGCAGGGGAUCAAUGGUACAGGGUCAAUAUUAGCUGCCCCCUACUCAAGAAGAUGGCCCAGAAACCCAUCAUCGGUCGCACCUCACGAUCAGGAAAAUGCAGCAUCCAUAGAGCUUUGCGUGUGGACUGUGGGCCCCAGGAUGUCUCCAAUGAUGGCUGUCUCAAACUGGGAUGCUGCUAUGAUGAUCAUGACUCAACUUGCUAUUACAGAAUGAACACCUGUUCUCUGGAUGGCCAUUUUGUGUUUUCUGUGAAGGCGAAAGACGCUGACCCCCCACUCAACCCCAACAACCUUGCCGUCAAGGGUCAGCCACAGUGCUCUCCUGUAGCUACCUCUGCAGAUACAGCUGUCUUUAAAAUCGGGGUGAGGGAGUGUGGCACAAAGAUGAUGGUGAAUGGGGAUGUUGUAAGCUAUGAGGUAGAGGUUGAGGAACUGCAUCCAAAGAUUACAGGCAAACAUUCUCCCUUCAGUCUGCAGGUCCAGUGUCAAUAUGAGGGGUCAGCUCUCCUCCACACUGAUCUGUGGUCCUUAAACCCAACUAACCCUCCACCUGUGACUGCACUGGGGACUGUCCGAGUGCAGAUGAGAAUAGCCACAGAUGAGUCCUUUACCUCUUUCCUCCCUGAGGACCAGCUGCCCCUGACCCUCUAUCUGCGUAAGCCUGUGUAUGUGGAGGUGUCAAUCACUCCACCCUCCCCUGACCCCAGUCUCUCCCUGCGUGUGCGUGACUGCUUUGCCUACCCUGCCUCCAGACACUCCGUAUGGACACUACUCUAUGAUGGCUGUCCUAACCCUCUGGACAGCAUGAGGAGUUCCGUCCCAGUGGACAGUCGGGGGAAGACAACUUCUCACUCCCAGGUCAGGAGGUUUGAUGUCAAGACAUUUUCCUUCUUUGACCCUGAGACGGGCAAUCCCAGUGUGGAGGAGGUGUACUUUUACUGCUGGGUGGAGAUCUGCACAGAGGAGGAAGAGUGUAAACAACACUGCUCCAUCACCUCACCUGAUGGUGAGAGGGAGAGGAGGGAGUCUGGGUCAGAUCGAGUCUCCCAGUUAGUCUCAUUUGGUCCUGUGCUGUUGGGUCAGAAUGGUUCUGGACAGGAACAAAAUCAUAGUGAUCAUCUGAAUAUAGCAUUUCAGGUGUCAAUGUACUCUGUCAUUGUCAUCUGUACCUCCAUCCUGUUCUUCCUCCUGUUCUCUUCAUGGUCGAUGAGUUGUCAAGUGGCAGAAGUGAAAGAAAAUGAUGUGGAAAUGGAAACCAGAAACAAUGAGACUGGCCUACAGGUUGAACAAGCCCAAUAAAGCACCUAUAUGAACACUUAAUUACAAUUGGUAUUUAUUUCAACUACCUUUAAAUACCUUCACUGGCCAUGUGCAUUCCAAUGCAUCCAGUUUGUAUUUGACACUUUGGUAAAGGUCACGUAAACUGAGUGCAUAGCGCUGCACCUGAAAAGUAAAUAUCAGAUAUUAAAGCCUCCUAUCCUACA